UAGAAGUCAAGAAGACUGUGAUCUACACAACUACACCAGGUUCAAAAACAUGUCUUCAGAUACCAUGACAGUAGCUGCGCUGGGCCGACCCUUCACCUUAGGGAUGCUCUAUGAUGCUCAACAGGAUAAACUGAUCCCAGGUUUUACCUUGUGGGAUAAGACAACGCUACAAGAGAGCACAGUUGAAACCUCUUACCAUAGUAGUGAGUUUCAGAUUACGGCAUCUGACUCCAUUGAAUCCAAGUCUUCUCUGCUGUCUGUUGAUGCUUCCCUGAAGGCCAGUUUCCUGUGUGGAUUGAUUGAAGUUGGAGGAUCUGCCAAAUACCUGAAUGAUCAGAAGAAAUUCAAGAAUCAGAGCAGAGUGACACUUCAGUACAAAGCUACCACCAACUUCAAACAGUUGUCGUUGAAGCCUCAUGGAACCAAGGACACGCAACAAACAGAUGUUACUGAGAAGAGCUCGGCAACACAUGUAGUCACAGGCAUCCAGUAUGGAGCAAAUGCUUUCUUUGUAUUUGACAGUGAGAAGUUAGAUGCUAGCAGCGUUCAGAACAUCCAGGGCGGCAUGGAAGCUGUGAUAAGGAAGAUUCCAUCAUUGGAUAUUGAUGGGCAUGUUGACAUCAAGCUGACUGAUGAAGAAAAAGACCUGACAAACAAAUUCUCCUGCAAAUUCUAUGGGGACUUCAUUCUUGAAAGCAACCCUGCAACAUUUGAAGAGGCAGUGAAGACCUAUGUAGGGCUUCCAAAGCUACUGGGAGAAAAGGGAGAACAUGCUGCUCCACUGAAGGUCUGGCUGAUGCCGUUGAAGAAUUUGGAUUCCAAAGAUGCUGAGCUGAUGAGUGGGAUCAGUGUUGGACUAGUGAGGAAAGCUGAAGAUGCUCUAGAAGGUAUUAGGGAGAUAAAAAUGAGAUGCAACGAUUCCCUGGAAGACAAAGUGUCAGAGAAUUUUCCAGAGAUUCGCAAAACGCUGAGCACUUUCCAAAAACUGUGUAAUGAUUACACAUCUAAACUCCAACGGACCAUGAAGAAGACAUUUCCCUCCAUCCGUGAAGGCAAAGAAGAUGAGAGCUCAUUAGAAAAACUCUUUGAAGACAGAGACAAGUCACCAUUCAGUCAGGACAAACUAAGGAAGUGGAUGGAUAACAAGGAGAGAGAAAUCACUGUCAUUAGGUCCUGUGUAGACAUGAUGGAGGGAACAAACACAAAGAUCGUCAAAAAUCAGUCAGAGUUGGAUAGAGAGGUUUUUGAUCCAGAUGUAAAGAAUGCUCUGUGCUUUGUUUUCACCUCUGUGGGAAGUACUGACCCCUGCCUUGAUGCGAUGACCAAGUGCUUGGAUUCACUUGAAUUUAGAUAUACCAAUGAAGACCACUGGUACUUCUCAGAUGAAGUGUUAACCAAAAUGAGAGAAAAAGCCAAAGCUUUCCAUGAUCUUGCCAAACCUCUCAAGGACAGCAGCAGUGUCCAUUUCCUUGUAACAGCCACAGCAAAUGAGAAAUACCAAGGAGCAACCAUCUACCAUUACAAGGAGGGCAAACUGGUCACUGAUAAUUUUUCAAAGCCUGACGUCCCAUCUGAUGUGAAAACCAUCACAGACAAAAGUGAUUUAAUGUGGUAUGCCUGUGAUCUCUCACUGGACCCAAACACAGUAAACUACAACCUUAUUCUUUCUGAUGACGACAAGAAGGUGACACUUGGAGCAAAGCAGGGAUAUCCUGAUCACCCAGAGAGGUUUGAGAGUAUCCGUCAGGUGUUGUGCAGAGAGGGCCUGACUGAGCGCCAUUACUGGGAGGUAGAGUGGAGCUGUGGUUAUAAUGACGACCAUGCUGUAGGUGUCGUGUACAAACAAAUUGACAGGAAAGGAAACAAUCUCCGGUGUUACUUAGGACGUAAUGAUGACUCAUGGUGUUUUGGUGUAAAUUGUAUCAAACCAGAGCUCUUUGCGGAACACAGUGAUCAGUGGUGGUCUUUUUCCUGUAGUGGCUUUAAACGAGUUGGAGUGUAUCUGGACCGGCCUGCUGGCACUCUGUCCUUCUACAAUGUCUCCUCUAACACACUGAGUCACCUCUACACCUUCAACGCUCAGUUCAAAGAGCCUGUUUAUCCAGGCUGCUACAUUAUGAGCCAAUCUGGCUCUGUGUUCUUUUGCCCAGUUGAGUAAGAACAGUGACAAAGUGAGGAAAUGAGUGUUGAUCUGUCUUUAAACUGAUAACAACCAGUGAUGGAGUGUAACUAAGUACAUUUAAGCAAGUGCUUUGUACUUGUACUUGUAUUUUCUUUGUACUUCUACUCCACUAUUUUUCAGAGAGAGAUAUUAUACUUUUUACUGCCCCACAUUUAUUUACAUCUAGUGAAUAGUCACUAGCUACUUUUUACUUUCUUCUAUAUGUUAAAUGUGAUUAGUUUAUCACUAGCUACUGACUAAUCAACAGUAAGUCAAGUGUAUCUUAUUUAAUUUAGAAAUUACUCUUUUUUUUGUUCUCUGUCACUGAGGACAUUAGUGGUGAAUGGUGACAAAGUUUUGUCUGUGGAAAGGUCCGCAAUUAUUAAGUACCAUGACUUUUUUUUGCUGUCACCUUAUUAAAACUUAACAUUAACAACAGCAAUUAUUCAAGCCAUCUUAGGCUUGAAUAAUUGCAUUUAAACCUUUUUUUCAUCUUGAAGUCAUCUGAUAAUACUAUAAUGGUGUGUGAAUAUUCUUUGUUUCCAAGUUGACCUUUUCUUUGUCUGUGUAGUAGCUGCAUGGUAUAUAACAUUAGGUCACCACAAUGGCUUCUACAGAAUAUACUAUAUAAUCUGAUUAUGUUUUAGAGAAACAUGCAUGUGGUUUAACUGUCUACUAAUUCUUCUAAUUUUAUCAAUGUAAAACUUUUGUGAGGACAAGUAUAAGGAUAUUGCUACAUUACACAUUUAUUAGCUCAUGCAAAGUACUUACUUAGGAAUCUGCUAAUAUAUAAUAGUGAUUAAGGUUAGAACAUUAGGUAAAUGAAGUGCCUGUAGCUUAACAUUAGAAUUGUUCAUUUAUCUUUAUAUAAUUUUACAUAUAUGCUUGUAAAGUUGGGGAAGAGGAAGGAAAGGAGGAGGGAGGUGGGUUUUUUUUCAAACUACGUAGUACUGUAACACCAAUCACUCACUGAGGACAUUAGUGGUGAACGGUGACAAAAUUGGUUAGGUAACAUGACUUUUUUGCUUUUAAAACUUAACAUUAGCAUCUUAAUUUAGGCCUGAAUAAUUGCAUUUAAAUCUUUUUAAAUCUUGAAGUCAUCUGAUUAUACUAUAAUAGUGUGUGAAUAUUCUUUGUUUCCAAGUUAACCUUUUCUUUGUCUGUGUAGUACAUGAUAUAUAACAUUAUGUCAACACAAUGGCUUCUACAGGAUAUACCGUAUAAUCUGAUUAUGUUGUAGAGAAGAAACAUGCUGCAUGUGGUUCAACUG